UGAAAUAAUUUGUUAUUUCGCAGACGGCUUUCGAGGAAGACACAUGCAAGCGAGCAAAUAAGCGCCGGACGAACGCAGACGAGCAGAACCGUACAGUGAGCGCGUGUGAACGCCAUUUAAAUGAGUGUAUACCAUGAAGUGUAUAGUUGGCGAAGGAGAAAAAGAUGCUUGAUAUUUAGAUCGGAAUGAAAAGAAAUAUAAUCAAACAAUUUUUACAACAUUCAAAAAUAGCGCUAUUAAAUAACAGCAAUAAUCGAAAAACUCGCGCAAGGCGGCAAAAGAUAAACAAAACGACGUUAAUAUCGUGGUUUCAAUGCAUACAUACUAUAUAAAUAAAUAAGUAUAAAUAAACAGAAAGCAAAAACGAAAAUGGAAAAAUCACUAUUGCCGCUUGCGUUGCGGCUAGCGAAGUCGUCAAGCAACGAGCGCCAACAUUUGAAGUGAAUUUUAGUGAUGCGCGCCAAGUGUACGGAAACACGCCUACUUACCGCCUCGGUGGCACUUUAGUGAAAAGUGGUUUUGAAACUAAACUGUUUGUGUUUUUUUUAGGACUUUGCACAACGUCACUAAAAUAAUUGACCUUUAACAUUGGUUGCGAAGAAUGUUUUUAGCACCAAUUCGUGUGUCAGUUAACGUUGAAAGUAAUAAAGUUCACCCAAUUGAUUUUUUAUACAAAUAUCAGUGCUCGCUCGACGGAUCUAUAGUGAUUUUGAAGCAAGUCUCCAAAGUAUGUAUAAGCGAAUUCGUAUAUACAUACAUACAUACAAACAUACUAUAAGUGCUUACAGCUGCGACCUGUUCAGGUGAACGCGUGAGAGGAGCCCGUGCAGCACAUUUUCAAACACGCACACGCACACCUACUUACAAGUACUGAGUUUGUGGCAUACAACAAAAAAUAAAGUAAAAAUAAAAAAAUUGCAGCAAAAAAGUUGCAAUUUUGUGCACCAUAAUUCGAAAGCGUGCUACAAGUGCGCGCGCAACAACAACGUAUAGUGCAACAACCACCAUUCAACGUUCAACAAUAAACAACCAGUACCACCACCACCACCAUCAUCAUCACCGCACAUUUACCAUAACCCCCUUUUCCAACAUGUCACUACAAACCAAACGGCAGCACUGUUACCUAUGCGAUCUUCCUCGCAUGCCCUGGGCCAUGAUCAAUGACUUUUCGGAAGCUGUGUGUCGCGGUUGUGUCAACUAUGAGGGCGCCGAUCGCAUCGAACUUGUAUUGGAUGCAGCGCGUCAAAUGAAACGCUUACAUCAAGCAGCCAAACGUAGUCAUGAGAAUGGUGAAGUUGUCGUACAACAACAACAACAGCAGCAAGCCCAACAGCAACAACAGGCCGCUGUAGCGGCUGCACAAGCGCAACAUCGUAGCGCUAGCGGUGCGCCCAUAAGUGUGGGCGUGGGUGUAGGCGUUGUUGGUCCCCAACAACAGCAACAACAUCAUCAUGGAUAUGCGACACAACGCAUCGGUCCACCCCCACCACAAGCUACCAGUCUUAUGGAUUUCCCAGUGAAAAUGGAGGCGCACGACGCCAGCGUACGUCCGGUGCGUAUCUCACACAUGGCACCGCAUCACAUGUCGAUGACAAAUCGUGCUGUUGCAGCAGCAGCAGCGGCUGCCGUCGCCUCAAAUGUGGGCGUUGUGGGUCCAGUGCCACCAGCGUUAUCGGUGAAUUUGAAACGUCCACCCUCCGAAGAUGAUGAUCAUGCACAUGUGGGCGAUGGCGGCGGUGGCGGUGUCGCUGGUGGUGGACCGAGUGUCAUGAAGCGUAGCGCCAUCGAUGAUCCGAAUAUACCACGUCCACCACUAACACGCGGCGAAUCAUUACCGGCUGCUGUUUCCUUUGUACCCGAUAGACAAGCAGGUUUGCGCGAUAAACAUCAACCAGUGCGUGCGCCAUCCUUUGAUGCAUCCUCCUUCAAACCGGGUGUUUAUGUGCCGCCCAUGCCACAUCCGGUUGUGCCGUUAGGCAAUUCGACGUCACCAGCUUUGUCGUCAUCACAACAACAACAGCAACAACAUUCACAACAAAUAGCACUACAACAACAACAACUACCACCUCAAUCUCUAGCACCACACCAGUCAAUAGCACCACCACCUCUGCCACAAUUACCAACAACCGCCUGUUCAGUCACUCAAUUAGCACAAAGUCCGAUGGCUAAUCUCAUGUCUAUUACAGAGACAUUACCACCGGGUAGUCCACGGAAUGGACCCAGCCCACCGGGACCACCGCCGCCGCGCACAGCAUCACGCGGCAGCCAACAUUCACCGAAUAGUUCGGCCGGUUCAUCGUCCGGACGACGCUCUUCAGGAUCGCGUCACGUUUCGAGCACUACAGUUACCAGCUCCGAAGUGCAAUCGAGUCCAGCGAAUACACCACAAGUUGGUCCGGGUAGUGGCAACAAUGUUGGAGGAGGCGGUGGCAACGGCAACGGUGCAGGAUCAGUAAGUGUAAGUAGUGGUAGUGGCGGUAAUUCUGGUGGAAAUAAUGGUCCACUACCACCUGGCGGAAAUGUUGCCGAUGGAAAUGUUGGCGGCAGCAGUAACGGCGGUGGUCCUGGUGGAAAUAACAGCAAUGGUCAAGCCUCUGGCGGCAUGAAUUCAGCAAACGGAACAUCAGUUGGUGGUACGCCAGCAUCAAAUGCGGCAGCAGUCGCCCAAAAUGCCACACUUAAGUGCACGUUAUGCCAGGAAAGGUUAGAGGAUACACACUUCGUGCAGUGCCCGUCGGUUAAUCAUCAUAAAUUCUGCUUCCCCUGCAGUCGAGAGAGCAUCAAGCGUCAAAAUGGUCUCGGUAACGAGGUAUACUGUCCAAGUGGCGAUCGCUGUCCAUUAGCAAAUUCGACGAUUCCAUGGGCCUUUAUGCAAGGUGAAAUUACCACUAUACUGGGUGAAGAGGUAAAGGUGAAGAAAGAGCGUGAAUCUUAAUGUCCAUUUUAUUGUAAAAAGCUGCGACGUGCUUUGGAGAAUUUUUAAACCAUAACACUUAACUGGAAAGCUAGGAAAAAAACGUUUUUUGAGUCAUAUUGUAUUGAAAUUGGAAGAGCAGUUGUAAACUCACAAAGUGUAGAAGUUUGAAGCAAAAGUACAGAAAUAAGCAUAAGUAGAAGUUUAAUAGACGUGCAGACGUUUUUCGAUGCUAUUGAACGAAAGUCGAAACAGCAAAACCAGUUAAAGCAGCCAUAACUGUGGUCAGUAAAGUUCUAAAAGCCAGUAAAUUGAAUGUAAAGUUAGUGAAUGCUUGGCUAAGAAUUUUUAGCAAGUGAUAAAUUUUUGGUGAGGGAUAAAAACAAAAAUAUUUCGAGUGAGUGUGAACUUAAGUUGUUUCCGGAAUAAGAACGCGCUCCACACUGGCUUAGAAUUGGAAACUUUUAACUGGCUGCUUAGCAUUUUGGACACAACCACAUUUUAGUGGUAACGAAAAAGUUUUAUUGGACUGUUUAUGCUAUGCGGUGAGGCACACAGUUCGGACCACUUUGAGCACCCUGCUUUUGUGCUGGUCCCCCAUGCAGCAGGAGAGCAGAUUUUGAACUUUCUUGGCAGUUGCUGUGGUUAACAGAACGCAGCAACAUUAGCAAAUACAUAUAAACUACAUAUAUAAUACAAUAUUAAAUAACAAAAUUUUAAUUGAAGAUUUUCAUGUAUAACAAAGGCAGUUAAUAAAACGAAAAAUAUGGCAAAACACUAAAGGGUAUAAAAAAAUAACAUUUUUGUAGGCAUAAAGUAGCCGAAACCAGUGCACCACAAAGCACUUUCAAAAAAAAAAAAAACAACAAAAAAACAGUAAAACACAGAAGUUAAAUUAAGUUUGAACGUUUAUUAGAUUUUUUUUGUUUUCCUAGCAAAAUUGAAAUAAUUUAAAUUUUCGAAAUAAGUGCUUUUAAUUUUUUAUGCUCUCAAACCACUUCAUUUGCGAGAUGAAAACUGCUCGUUUUUUCAACAAAAUAUGUAGUUAUGUGGGAAUAAGUUUAAAAUACUUCUUAAAAAAAAUCUUUUGAAAUAAAAGUUUACGCUAAAUUAUAUAAAUCAAAAAUUAAAUUUAAUAACAUCGGCUUAAUAUUAAGUGUACAUAAUAUCUAAUUUGUAAGAUAUCAAAGAACUUUUCGUUGAAAUUUGUAUUUGUAGUAACUACAAAAAAUAAUGCAAUUGUAUUUGAUUUGCAUGUCUUUAGUUGUAGAGUUGUUUUAUAACUUAUAAUUUCUCUUUAUACUAAAUAUAAUUUAAAAUUAGCUAUAAACUAGUUGUAAAUUCAGUUAUAUUUUUAUUUAAAACUAUAUACAGUUAAAAAAAUAGUUUUUGCCAACUAUUUUGGCAUUUAUGUUACGCGUUGUUGUAUUUGUAAAUUGUAGUGAUUUAUGUACAUGUAGUUUGGUAAAAAAACAAAAACAAUUCAAAAAAAUUAAAAAAAAAAAUCCAAAAAAAGUUGAAUUAAAAACAUAAAACGUACUAACGUUUGACGAGAAGAGCAAAAUACUAGCAUUAAUUGUUGAGCGUUCAUAACGCCAUACCAGUUUUGACGUGCAUGCAUAUGAAUGUAUUGUAAUGCAUAUACAACAUAAAUACAUACAAACAUAUAUUCAAAUUUGAAUUGCAACCAUCCGUAAUUUCUUUGCGUUUAAAAAAUAGUCACUGAGUUGUAAAUUUUACUGAAAAAUGGAAAAGAAAGUACAGUGGAAAAGUUAAUGAGAAACAAUUUUUAACGCGAAUUCCAAUUCUAAAACUUAAAACAAAUUAAUUUUUAAAAACUUGAUUAGAAAAAAGAUUAAAUAAAAACAUUAAUUUGUAAAUUUUCAACGCCAACCAAGUUGCGGCAUGCAAAAAUAUCGUAGUUUGUAGUGGAAAUAAGCAGUAGUUA